AUGGCUGCAGAGAUCGCUCCUAAGGAAGUGGACGCUGGUGUCCGUGAUGCUACGACAUCGGAGACGGCAUCUGGAAUCAGCCAGUCCAAAGCCGAGUUUCUGUCUUCGUUCACGCAGGCAGAGAAUAAGGCCAUCAUGAGGAAGGUUGAUCGUCGAUUUCUGUUCAUCAUUGGUAUGAUGUAUGUUAUUAAGAAUAUCGAUUAUCAAAAUGCCGCCUCGGCGAAGGUGCUUCACGUUGGCCAGAAGAGCAACAUCAUGGUUGAGCUCAAGAUGACCCCCAAUCAGUAUAAUUGGGUGCAGUCGAUCUAUUUUAUCGCAUAUAUUAUAUUUGAAGUUCCAUCCAACCUACUACUGAAAAGGAUGACGCCUCGGAUAUGGCAAUCGCGCAUCAUGCUCUCGUGGGGCAUCGUGCUUGCCUGCCAUGCCGCAGUCCAGAACGCGGGAGGUUAUUAUGCCGCAAGAUUCUUCCUCGGAGCAAUGGAAGCUGGAAUGUUCCCUGGUCUCAUGGCUCAACUAUCUGGCUGGUAUCGCUCAGAUGAAAUCGGAAAGCCGGUGAUGUGGCUGUUCGCUUUCCAAAACACGAGUGGUAUCUGGGGAAGCCUAAUUGCCUAUGGAGUGAGCUACAUGGACGGCUUAGGUGGACUGUCCGCCUGGCGCUGGCUCUACCUUCUAGAAGGGAUUUUCACCAUGCUAUUCUCUAUCGUUGUAUUCAUCUGGCUCCCAGACUGGCCUAAAUCGCCUAGGUCUGAGAAGUGGCUCACGCCCCGUGAACAGGAGUAUCUCGAAGCCCGCCUGUCUGAGAACGCACCCGUGACCUCGGACAAAAACUUCGACAAGUCAGAAGUCAUUGCAGGUCUCAAGGACAUCCGCAACUACUCCUUUAUGCUCUCCCAGUUCCUCGUCAAUUUCGGCGGCUACGCUCUCGGCUGGCAACUACCGACCGUUACGACCUCCCUGGGUUACGCUGGUCUCCCUCGUAACCAGCUCCUCAACAUCCCUCCUGCAGCCGCCACCGUCCUGUCCAUCAUAUUUGCCGGUUGGUUUCUGAAGCAGGCUUACAUCACGCGGCCCUUCUUCAUCAUCUUAAUCAUGAUCGCCGCGCUGACAUUCUUCAUCCUCCUCGCCUGCACUGUCUCCAAUGCCGUAACCUACGUCGCAGUCGUUCUCGGCACGACAUUCUACUCCGUAUACUUCAUUCCCUUCUGGGCCUGGCGGUCUUCAAGCCUGAAAGGCACGACCGGCACAGCGUUCUCCCUCGCAUUCCAGAGCUGCAUUGGCCAGGUCGGCGGUGUCAUCGCGCCGCAGCUGUUCCAGGCAAAGUACGCUUACAAUGGGUACAAGACGAGUUUUGCGAUCAGUGCGGCCGCCAUGGGUCUCGGUCUCCUUGCGAAUGUGUGGACGUGGUGGCUGACGAGGAAUCUGGAGUGGGAUGUCCGACGGAUUAGGAGGCUGAGGAGGAAGGCGGAGAGAGAGGGCAAGGUGUUCGCUGGUGAUGAUAUUAAGGUUUAUGAAGAGAGGGAGUUUUAUGAGGGAGUUAGGAAAAAGGAGGAUGAGAAGGUGGUGGCUACAGUCUAA